AUGUCUUACAUUUUGGAAAUCGAGUGCUGUGUUCAAAACUGGGUCCAAGCGUACAUUAACAGUAUUGAAGAUGAAUUAAGUAAGCAAAAUAGAAUUGGAUUUGUCAUUCAAUUAUUCUCGAAGCAUAUAAUCCAAUUUUUAAAAGCCACUGAUCAACCAAUACAAUGCGAUACUUCACUUCAAUCGGAACUCCAUCGAGAUGAAAGCAAAACAAAAGAAGACAAAGAUCAUGCAAGAUCCUACAUUCUCGAUUGUUUCAAAUGGGAAACUGAUUUUGAAGAACUUUCCUCAAACGUUGUGAUCCAUGAAUGCUUUAAGAAAUUGACUUUGAAUAAAAUUAACAAACCAAAUGCAAACAUUUUGUCAUAUUCUUCAAUAAGCUCAGAAGUUGAUCGCAUUUUAAAAGCUAAAAAGGGUUUUCAAGUAUCAAGUAUUUUAAGUCAUUCAAUCAGCCCAAUAAAUUCAAAUUCUGCCGCCUCCAAAUUCAUUGAUCAAAUGCAAUAUGGCAAAAAUGAGAACAACUUAAUUGAAUUUGAUGACCUAACUCAAUUUGUAUUUCAUUUUUAUUCAACUGUGGUUGAAGCUAGUAGUAUCAAAGAAACAUAUAGCAUUCGGAGCUUAUCAGAAAACCUCAAGAAGUCAACUAUGGAAGAUCAUGAUAAAUCAUUUACCUCAAAAAGAACACUUAGUGGUUCAAUCAUAAACAAUGAAACCAAAUUUUCUACUGAAGUGACUCAAGCAAUUUCAAAUUUAGAUUUUUUACCUUCACUCAAUGUUCACUUAUUACCUUCUGAUACAUUACUUAAUGAAUGGGAAAAUAUAAUUUUGGGUGCGAAAUUUAAAACGUCAAUAUUAAAUUGUUGCAAAAAUCCACAAUUACUAACUAAUUUGAACUUGGAAAGUAACAACUUUCUUGUAUUUGAAGGUAAGCCUGGAACAGGAAAAACAUCUUUGGCUAAAGCAGUUUUUCAAAAAUUAUCAAUUUCAAACCGAUCAUUGCUUGACAAUCAACCAAGUAUUUUUGUAGAGUUUUCAACAGGUGAUGUAUUUUCAAAAUAUUUCGGUGAGUCACCCAAAAAUUUACUGUCGACAUUAUCAUUAAUAGAAGAAAUAUUACUGAGUUUUCCUAAAUUACAUAUUUACUUACUUAUCGAUGAAUUAGAAACGAUUGGAACCGCCAGAUCGAGCAUUAUAAAAAAUAAUGAAAUGACUGAUGGUGUAAGAAUCGUUAAUAUCUUCAUAACUUAUCUUGAUAGAUUAAGAAAGUUUCCAAAUUUAAUAACAAUUGCAACAACGAAUUUAAUUGAUAACCUUGAUCCAGCGAUUAUAGAUAGAGCUACUAGGACCUUUAAAUUUGAUGCACCAAACAUUCCUGAGAUCAAAAAAAUUAUUAAAUUAAAUCUUGAAAAAAUCAAAACAACCGAUGAAAACUUAGAUGAAAAUGAUCUUGAAUCGUCGCUUCAAAAACUUGCAGCUUUUUGCUAUGUAUGUACUGAAUGUAUCCAAAUUUAG